CAGCGGCUCCAGCGGGUUGGCGGCCCCGCCUCCGGCCGGGAUGGACGGGCGGCCGCGCCAGGUGCGCGCGGGGCGCGCGACAUGACUCGCCUGGACGCGGAGCCCGGCCCGCGGCCGGGCCGCUCGAGGGUCUGUCUGGGGGCGCGGACGCGGGGCCAGCGGCCGAGCCUGAGCCAGAGCAUGCGGGGCGCGGCGCGGGCGGCCGGGGGGUGCGCGGGGCAGCCGUGCCCGCGGACCCCCGCCCCGGGCCCUGGCCCCCGGCUGCUGGCCGUGCUGCUGGCCGUGCUGCUGGGCGGCGCGGGCGCGCAGUACUCGAGCGACCUGUGCAGCUGGAAGGGGAGCGGGCUGACGCACGAGGCCCACAGGAAGGAGGUGGAGCAGGUGUACCUGCGCUGCUCCUCAGGCGCUGUCGAGUGGAUGUACCCGACCGGGGCUCUCAUCGUCAACCUGCGGCCCAACACCUUCUCGGCCUCCCGACACCUGACUCUGUGCAUCAAGCCCCUCAGGGACUCCUCAGGGGCCAAUAUUUAUUUGGAAAAAACUGGAGAACUGACACUGCUCGUGCGGGAUGGGGACCACGGGCUCCGCCAGGUGCGGUGCUUCGGCUUCCAGCAGGGCGGCCUGUUCGUGGAGGCGACGCCCCAACAGGACAUCAGCAGGAGGACCACGGGUUUCCAGUAUGAGCUGACCAGCAGGCGCACAGGGUCGGACCUGCAUGCUCUCUCGGCCCCGUGCCGCCCCUGCAGUGAUACGGAGGUGCUCCUGGCCGUCUGCACCAGUGACUUCGUCGUCCGAGGCUCCAUCCAGGAGGUGACCCAUGAACUGGAGCAACAGGAGUCGGCCAUCCACCUGCACCUGAGCCGGCUCUACCGGCAGAAGAACAGGGUCUUCCAGCCUGCCCCGGAGGGUGGUGGCUGGCGGGGCCGUGUCACAACGCUGCUGGAGUGUGGCGUGAGGCCCGGGCGCGGCGAGUUCCUCUUCACCGGCCACAUGCACUUUGGGGAGGCCUGGCUCGGCUGCGCCCCACGCUUUAAGGACUUCCUAAGGAUGUACAGGGAUGCCGAGGAAAGGGGCCUGAACCCCUGUGAGAUGGGCGUGGAGUAACCACUGCUGGUGCCACGAUGGAUGCUCGAAUCAGGAUGGACACCCCUGCGCUCAAGCUACGGAGGUACACACUGCGUCUGACCCCACAAGGUCCCGGCCAACGACUCCCUGAACGAUUGAUUGGAAAUGCUGUAAAAUGCAAACUAAGUUAUUAUAUAUUUUUUAAAAAAAGAAAUGUCCGUAGGAAACAAACUCCCGUGUCUUAAAAUACCUUUGUGUUCCAUUUCAUACUGUUUUUCAAAAGCAUCUGAAACCGUCGCGUUUGGCUGGUGUGUGGGGUGGGUGCUGGGGCCAUCGCCCACAGUGGAUACCUGACACCAGGCUUUGCAAAGCUUGGGUACCAUUCGAAAUUGUUUCUUACGACGGAAAUUUAUGGAGCCAAAUAGGUAUUUUUUUUGUUUUGUUUUGCUUUUUAAAGAAUGUGCUUUGCCAGCUGUGGUCGCUUUGGGCUGCAGGCUGUUUUCUAUUCUGGAGAAUAAAGACCAGCAUCUGACGGA